UCCCGGUGGCUUCAGUGCUGCGCUAGAUCUUGAUCGGUUCGAAUGUAGUUAGGCCGUAGUGAACCGGGCGGAUAUCACCGUGUACAUUGAUGUGCCCUAGGAUUCUUACUGUUCCACUGAAAAAGUAAAUCGCUUAGUGAAUGUUGAUUCAAAAGUACGUGAAAUUGAGUGCUUUUUGGUGAUUGUCCAAUAAAAAUGAUCGUGAACGGUAAAUAUUUGUGUGUGAUAUCGUUGGUGAUAUUCUCGAUCAGUGGAAGUGCUUACACCGCACAGCGGUCGAGCCUGCGAGAAGAUGAAGGUAGUCCGUUUCUGGACAUGGCCUCGGAUUUCCUGCAAACGUUGGGCAAUCAAAAUGGGGGCGGUGGUGGAAAUGCGGCCGCAGGUCUAUCUGGGAUUGCUUCCAUGCUGCUCCCACUGAUGGCCAACGCUAAUGCUGGAGGAGCUGCUAAAUCAAACAACGAUGGCGUUGGAGCUAUUUUGUCCGGAAUUGGUAGCAUGCUGGUGAAUGCCAAUGGGGGAGGAAACAAUGGUGGCGGUGGUGGUGGUGGUAGUGGAUUCGAUCCUGCUCUAAUUGGAAACGUUAUUCAAAUGUUCGCUGGAGCGAAUGAGGAACAGCAACCACAACGCCAAACCAACAAACGCCAAAAGAGACAGAAGGCUGAUGAUGGUAACCCACUUCUCGAUACUGUUCUAACUGUUGCGCAGACCUGGUUGGCCAACUAUAAUAGCGUGGAUCGAGAUGAAGAGCAAGAGCAACAGCACCCUGGAAUCAAUGGCGAAGCAAUCGCCAAUCUUCUACCGCUAGCGGUUCAAGCCUUCCAGUCCUUCUCCGGGCCAGAAAUGGAGAAAACACAGGAGAAACAUAAGGAUCAUUCGUGGGUUCUACCUCCCUUUCUCGAGAACAUUCACGUCAUGUGGGAUCAGUUCACCCAGUCUGAACUAGCGGAAGCCAUCUGGACAAAGGUUGGACUCAACAAAGUAUUUAAAGGGUUCGUCGGUCGCGACGGCAAGCUGGACUAUGAUAGGCUUUUUGAUACCCUGCAGAACCAGUCCUUCCGUCGACGGUGGAUAAAGGCGGCCACUAUCUAUCUAGCCGAUUGGGCUCACUACAUCGCAAAUCCGGAGGUUUACCAAAGGUACGUUGCCACCGGCCAAAUGAUGGUCAAUGGCUUCCUCCAGUCGCGCGGUUACCCUAAACAGACCCUGCUAGAUAUCAACCGACCAAGCGACACCAUCUCGAGUCUUAUCGAUCACACCGCCAAGAAAUAUCUGCAGGUUAAGAUAUCGUCCAUCACGUACGUUAAACCUGCGGUCAGUUACGUCAAGGAUCUUCUGAAACUAGGCAAGGCGAAACAGUUCCUGCAACAGUACAACGUAACGGAGCUAACGGACAAGCUGACCGACACGUUCAAUCUCGAGGUGAUUGAACCGGUACUGAAAGUUCAUCGAGCCUACCGGCAAGCGAUCCAAACGCCACACUGCGAUAAGUACAUUCUGUGCGAAAUCAAUUCGCACGAUCCGAACGAGCAGCUCGGUCUCGGCGGCUUCAAGCGAGGUGUUACCAAGUUUGGUAGCAUGGCCGCUUCCUGGUUCAUUAGUCAGCAAACGCAGACGCCCUUCUGGACGCUGUUCGCUAUCAUCAAUGAUCCGCACAAUUGUCAGCACAAACACCCGGUCGAUUGUUGGGAAUUCCACGAGAAUGAAAGCAAAGUGACCACCGAAUAUCCACACAAUGAGCUGUAAGAUGGAAAGCAGAACCGAUUCCGGAGGGAAAAAACUCGUUGUUCAGAAAAAAGACAAAAAUUGUGAUUGUUCAUAGAAAAAGGCAGAAAAUCGGGCGGUCCCUCAGGGAAAAAAUCCUACAUCGAUUUGAAAUCUACAUUUGAUAAUUUAAUAAGUCGUUUCAAGUAGAAGAAGAAAAGUUUGAUUACAAGCGGUGUAAUUCUAACGCGAUGCAUGUUUUCGAGAGAAAAGCAAAACAGCUGAAACGUGUCUAUCUGCGUAACGGUAUUCGUUGUUUGGCUAGACGCGUAAAACGAGGGAAUAGAUAUUGUACAUUUCCAUAUUGAAUGUAAAUUUCAAACGGUUUACGAGGGCUUUCGGGUGAAUCGAUGGGGAUCGCAUUCAAAAACAGGAGAAAUCCAAUAAAAAUAAUUUAAUUGAAAAACAA